GGUCCUGGUUAAACCAGAGGCCACAAUGUCUGCUACAUCUUCCCUCUUUCAUUUGAAACAGUUUUAAAGAUGUGUUGGUCAUGUUCUAGGCUCAGAGGUGGAGUGGUAAGUGUGUGGAUGCCAAUCUCCUGUGAUAAACUUCGUCUGAGAUUGAAAGUUAUCAUGGUCAAUUCAAGCCAGAUUCCAUAUUUCAUACUGACUGCCUACCUGGACAUGGGCUAUCUGAAGUACUUAUAUUUUGUGAUUGUUUUGAUUCUGUACAUUGUGAUUGUGGUUGCAAAUGCUUUACUCAUUGUAACUAUUUGCAUGAAGAGGAGCCUACAUGAGCCUAUGUAUGUGUUUCUGUGUAGCCUGUUGGUUAAUGAACUGUAUGGUAGUGCUGGUCUAUUUCCAUUCCUCCUGCUGCAGAUCACCUCAGACACUCACACCAUAUCUAGAUCCAUGUGUUUCCUACAGAUCUACUGCUUGUACACCUAUGCAACUGUGGAGUUUUGUAACCUGGCUGUGAUGUCCUAUGAUAGGUACCUUGCUAUCUGCUGUCCUCUGCAUUAUAAGGCUCGGCUGACCUCUAAAAAGGUGGCUCUGUUGAUCGCUCUCGUAUGGCUGUACUCUUUUAUCGAGUUCCUAAUAAUUCUUUGUCUGAAUCUCCGUCUAAAACUCUGUGGGAAUGUUAUGGACCGGCUAUACUGUCAAAACUACUAUGUGACCAAACUGGCGUGUUUUGAUACCACAGUUAACAAUUUCUAUGGACUUUUUGUAAUAUUUCUGACUGUUUUUGUUCCAUUGAUCCCCAUCCUGUUCUCCUACACCAAGAUCCUCAGGGUUUGUUUUAAUGGUUCUAAAGAGACCAGACAGAAAGCAGUCAGUACCUGCAUCCCCCACAUCGCCUCCCUGAUCAAUUUCUCUUUUGGGUGUUGUUUUGAAAUACUUCAGAGUAGAUUCAAUAUGAGCGGCGUUCCCGGGAUAAUGCGCAUAGUUUUAUCACUGUACUUUCUCACCAUCCAACCACUCUUUAACCCUAUCAUUUAUGGGCUGAGGUUAUCUAAAAUAAGACAGAUGUGUAGAAAUGUUGUUGUCUGCAAUAAGUAA